GCAGGAGUUGAACCAAACUGUCAAUUAAACAUUUUGCCUGGAGACUUCUUAAUUCUUUGACUUAUCAGAAAGUUUAAGAACAACACGAGAACCAUUUAUACAUUCACAAUGAGAGGAUUAUUACCAGUUCAUGUUAUUCUGGGGACAAACUGCAUACUAUGAAAUGCAGUCCAUAGGAUGUGAACAUGAUCUUGGCCACACCUUGGCAUGACUGGUUUGCAGAAUUAUUUCCCUAUCCUUUUCUGAAAUCUAUUCAACACAGAAUCGAACAAUAGCAACUCUGGCAAGAAUCCUCCUAUAUACACAAUGAAAAAAUAGUUUUGAGCUCUGCAAGUGAUAAUAUUAAUACAAGUGUCACACUUCUUUUCACAGCCACUGAAAGACAGGGGUGAGCCUGGCUAAGGUCGCAGGAUUUUAUGAUGGCUUUAGUGUUUAGAGCGGUGGCACAAUUAGCUGGCAUUUCACUAUCCUUGCUGGGAUGGGUUUUAUCCUGUCUUACAAACUACCUGCCUCAAUGGAAGAAUUUCAACCUGGACUUAAAUGAAAUGGAAAACUGGACCAUGGGACUCUGGCAAGCCUGUGUCGUCCAGGAGGAAGUGGGGACGCAGUGCAAAGAUUUCGAGUCUUUCCUGGGUUUGCCUGCUGAGCUCAGGAUCUCCAGGGUUUUAAUGUUCCUCUCGAAUGGGCUGGGGCUCCUGGGCCUGCUGGUGUCGGGCUUUGGCCUGGACUGCUUGAGGAUUGGAGAGACACAGCGGGACGUCAAGAAGCGGCUGUUGAUCCUGGGAGGAAUUCUGUUCUGGACAGCGGGCGUCACAGCCCUCGUUCCCGUCUCUUGGGUGGCCCACGUGACAGUCCAAGAGUUCUGGGACGAGAGCAUCCCCGAGAUUGUGCCCAGGUGGGAGUUUGGAGAGGCCCUCUUUAUCGGCUGGUUUGCUGGAUUUUCUCUCCUGCUGGGAGGGUGUCUGCUGAACUGGGCUGCCUGCGGGACCCAGGCUCCACUGGCUUCCGGCCACUACGCAGUGGCAGAAACUCAGCCUCACCGUCUACAUCUGGAGAUGAAAACCACUCAGCUGAAACUCUAA